AUGCACGGAUUCCGCGUAUCCAAUCUGCUCAUGACCGCUAGUGUGCUACUUAUGACUAUAUCCUCCCGCCUAAGCAGCGUCCGGGCUGCUCCAGUUCAAGCCCCCGCCACAUCUGGAGGAGGAGGAGCCCCCGCUGCGCCACACUUUGUUGUCUAUACGGAUAAAGGCUCAGAACCUGCACCUGAUGUUUCGAAGAUUUCUGGUUUCAACACGGUCGCAAUGUCCUUCCUUCUGACCUCGGGUGCCGCCGACCAAGCUAAGGCAUGGGAAACCUUAGCGCAAGCCCAGAAAUCUAGUAUCAAGAGCGCGUAUGAGAAAGCCGGGAUCAAGCUUAUUGUCUCAGCGUUUGGUUCGACUGAUUUACCCACAUCGAGUGACGCAAAAAGCACUGCCGCGACAAUGGCCAAGUGGGUUCAGAAUAAUAACGUGGAUGGGAUCGAUGUUGACUAUGAAGACCUCAAUGCUAUGAAUGCGCAAGAUGGAAAGGCUGAGCAGUGGUUGAUCGAUUUCACUAAUGCACUUCGAACUCAGCUUCCUCAAGGCAAAUAUAUCUUGACACAUGCUCCUCUUGCACCUUGGUUCAGCGCUUCCCACUACAAGUCCGGUGGAUACACCAAAGUCCACAAGGAGGUUGGAAGUAAGAUUGAUUGGUAUAACAUCCAGUUCUACAACCAAGGGACCGAAUAUACAACUUGCGAUGGUCUCCUCACUUCCUCUCCUACGUACCCCGGCUCGGCUGUGUUCGAGAUCAUGACAGGCGGCGUCUCAGCAGACAAGGUCGUCAUUGGAAAGCCUGGUGGACAGGCUGACGCUACAACUGGAUACAUGGCCCCGGCCGAUCUGGCAAAAUGUGUGGUGACUGCUAAGGGGAAAAACUGGAAUGGCGGUGUAAUGAGCUGGGAGUAUCCCGAGGCUGACGCACAGUGGAUCAAAACCGUGAAGGGAUCGUCGUUCCAGUGA